GUAUUUCUCUAGGUCACGUUUACGCCUCACCUUGGCUUGAAGUCUGUUCUCCAUUUUUGUUACUGUUUGGUUUCCAUUCGAUAUUUAUUGUUAUUAUCCAGCGAUUUGAGAAGAGAUGGAUAAAGUUAUGUAAACAGCACAGAAAUAAUUUCUAAAUGGAAAAUCUGUCCGAAGAUGAAGCCCUACCAAACUACAGUUACCAACCCCAGUAUAACCUUCAUGGAUUGGUUGAUAUCAGCACAUUGCAACAUUACCAAGGCGACAACCAAUCACAUAUUUCCUUACAUAAUGCAAAUAUCCACCCAAAUAAUGACUUACAAACCAGUCAUCUGACAGAUUAUGCAGGCCAAUCAUAUGUCGGCCUGGGACAUACUGUGGGAUAUGGGGAUGGACAAAUGACCAGUGGUUAUCCCACGGCAAUCUCCCCAAUAUCUGAUCAACAACUAUCCCUUAGUUCAUCUCUAGGAUCUUCAUGGUCAAAUUCAGGUUUAGCCAAAGCACCGAUGGGGAGAUGGGGUGUAGAGCAAUCGAACCCUCCAUCACAUCGUGUUGAAGUUGGUGGUAUAGGUUGGACAGAUAUUCUACACAAAAACAUGCAUCAGUUAAUGGAAGUUGAUAUGAUGUGUGAUACAAUAAUAUUAACAAAUACUCAACAAAUAAAGGUCCACAAACUGAUACUCAUGUCUUCUAGUGAUUAUUUAUUGACACUGCUGAAACGAUACGAUAACCUCAAGAUGAUACAACUACGACUGCCGGUAACAGUUACAAUGGAGGCACUCAAGACAUUUAUAUCAUUUCUCUACUUGGGAAAAGCUGAUCUAACAUCUGAGAACAUCCGUGAUAUCGCCGCCCUCGCUAACAUCUUUAAGAUACAGGUGCUGAAAGACCUUAUUGUGAAGUUAUCCGGAAACGAUAAUCUAGUCAGUGGGGAUAAACUUUUUGAUGUCCAGCCUACGGUGAUAGAUGUCUGUGAACGGCGAGAUCAGUGUAUUGAUACCAGUUCCUUGGUGUUGACAACAGAGCAAGGAAUUAAUACGGACAGUUCGUUUGAUAAUAGCACCUCAUCUCCCCCUAGCACCUUUCUAGAUGAUAACGGCACUGACGAAAGGCCUGUUUGUAAAAAGUUACCAAAGAAAUCCCAACUAGUUUCAUCGGCGGCUCACACUUACGGUACCAGAUCGACCGCAUCCCAAGGAACUCCCAAGUCAAGACGUAAAACAUAUCUUGAAGAACAAUCCAAGAAAGAUAUGGAAGAGGCGGCCGCAGGAGACAAAGGCAUUGAAGUACCUCAAGCUCGUCCAGAAGUUUACAGGGGAAAGAAGAGUCGUCUGCUCGCUGGUGCUCCAAAACAAGAUACUCCCGAGGUACAACCUCCAAAAACAAGGGGCAAGUUCCGACGGAAGAUCGAGUUAGUUGACAAUGAGAAUUUUGUUGCUGCUCCUCUCAAUCUGUCUGAUGUCAAUGAUGCAUCCGCCACAUCGUUUGUCCCAAGUUCUCCUGAUGAUCAAAAUGCGUCAGCUAAGAGAGGACGUUUUAGGAAAAUUGGGACCGGAAAUCAAAUGACAGUUAGACCUCCACCAAAGAAACGAGCUAAAAUGGAGCUGCAGUUGAGUGAAGAUCAUUUAUGUGAAGCUGUUGAUGACGAGCUUCCCAUAACUGUGUUUUCUGUCCCUGCAGAGGCACAAGUCCAAACACCAAAAGCGAAAUCAUCUCCCAAGAAAUCCCCUAGUCAAAGAAAUAAAAGGCGCCGCAAUAGUAGAUGGGGAAAAUCGAAGAAUCUUGUAGCAAUUGCUAGUGACAUUGAAAAUAUGGCUGAACACAUUCCGGAGAAUGAAAGACAAUUUAAAUGUAAUCUUUGUGGAAAUGAGUUUGUGUUUGCGAAACGUUGUAUAAGCCACAUGGUGAAGACCCAUGGUGUUGAAGAAACCAAUGUUAUCCCAAACGUAAUUAUCCGGAGCAAGGAUGAGUCGUCGCCCAAGGUGUGUGAUAUUUGUGGAUACAAAACCAAAGACCAAAACUUCUGUUACAUUCAUUAUCAUAAAUAUUUCAAACAUGGCGUGCCCUUACCACAAGGCUGGGAGAUUUACAAAUGUGACCAAUGCGGUAAAGAAUAUUUUACCAAGUUUAUGUUGAAGGACCACAAAUUAACCCAUAAAGAAGACACGCCAUUUAUUUGUGAAACAUGUGGACAGGGUUUCAAAACACGCACCUGUUUAAACAGUCACGUGUUUCAUCGACAUAAAGAGGUGAGGAAACAUGGCUGCCCUGAAUGUAAAAAGAAAUUUAAAACAAAAACACAGAUGAGCGUCCAUUACCGGACACACACUGGUGAAAAACCCUUUUCUUGUCCAGAAUGUGAUUAUAAAAGCACAACUCGGGGUAACAUGAGACUCCAUCUUACAAAUAAACAUAAACAUAAUGUCGAUAAUGUCCAGCUUCUUAUGCAAAAAAUGACAAGCGGAAUGCCUCCAGCUGAUAUGGCUAAUAUUGUCAAAGAGAUUAAAGAAGCUGAAGCACUAGAGAUCGACAUCGCCGUUCCGGUAGAAAAUCUCGUGCAAGUUGCUACAUGCACAUCCGUUCCGAUAGACUCGUCUGUCCCGAUAGCUACGACUGUUCCGUUAGCAAAUCCUGCUUCUGUAGCCACCACUCUUCCCGUGGAGAUCUUAUCGAUGGACAAACUAACGACUGUGCUAAGGAAGUGCAGUGGCAUAAAAUGGAUGGACAUUGGCGAACAGAAUGGACAGGAUGCUUACACGUGUGCCUUACCCCAAUCUUCAAGCGGGUCGGCCAUUUUGCUUCCGGUCUCUCAGACAAACCAGCCUUCGUCAGAUGGUACGUCAACCUACACGACGUAUACACUAGUGCCGAGUUCGGAUCUACUCAAUGUAAAAUCACUGGGAGUGGACCCUGAGAGAACGACGACCACCCUAAAACCUGUGUCUUUGACACCACCACCAGCGCAACAGUCAUCACAUCUUUAUAUGCAACACUCACCUAUAAGUCCUGCUGCAACCGUUUCUCCCGAUGGGCAUUUCCAGACACCGCAUAAUAUGAUUAGUUCACCAAUCACACCCCCUCCACCCACAUCCCACUCGCCUUACCCAUCUGCAUCCAAUAUGGUGAAUUCGCCAAUCAGCCCACCACAAAUCAACAUGUCCUAUCAAACCUAUGCACAUAAUCUCUCCAACUCGCCCAUUAGUCCACCAGCACCAACGAUGUCACCAAAUCAGUCAUACCAGAACAUCAAUAGCGUUUCUCCCGUUAAUCUUCAAACCGCACAGUCUAUGGGGCAAGAUGGCGGUAUUGUAUCGGAUGGUGACGUUGAUUCGAGUUACAACCAACAACAAUAUGACACGGCCCUUUUACAAGUUUAUUACCAACAACAAAAUUUCUAUCAACAAGGUUAUUAAGCUGUGUUUGUUUUUCAUAAAGCUAUAGUUAAGACGAAGCCGAUUUAUCUUUUUAUAUCGAAAAGACAGAAUUUAAGCUAAAAGAAGUACACAAGCCGACUUCCGCUUAAUCUUUCGGAACGAAAAUGUAUUCGUAUAGAGCCCGAGUAGCAAUCAAAGUAACACACUAGUAACCCAAUUUAAUAUUAUAUUUUUGAUCCAAAUCAAAGAAAGAGAAAGAAAUGGGGUGUAACGUCCACUCGGGACUAACGUAUGGUUCAAUUUUAUUUUCAAUAAUUCGCUUGCGCUUAGGGGUCUUUAGCAGUGGGAGGAUCCGGAGAAAACCGACGAGGUUGGACAGGCGAACCAACUCCUUGUCAUGUAAAACCGGGAAAUCGAUACCGCGCCAACUGACUCAAUGAAAGACUUUAUGAUACAACGCGCACGCGCUAACUAUUCAGCCCCCCCCCCCAAAAAAAAAAAUCAAAGGGGUUUAGCUCAGCAUUCUGGGCAAUGUUCGUUAUUUUAACAUACUGACUAAUGUUGGUUGCUAAUGUGGACUAAUGUUGGUUGCUUCAACAUCUAGACUAACGUUGGUUGCUACAACAUCUGAAAUAAUGUUGGUUUCUUUAACAUCUGGCUAAAGUUGGUUGCUACAACAUCUGAACUAAUGUUGGUUGCUUCAACAUCUGGACUAAUAUUGGUUGCUUCAACAUCUGGACUAAUGUUGGUUGCUACAUCAUCUGGGCUAAUGUUGAUGGCUUCAACAUCUGGACUAAUAUUGGUUGCUUCAAUAUCUGGACUAACGUUGGUCGCUACAACAUCUGAACUAAUGUUGGUGGCUAAUGUGGACUAAUGUUGGUUGCUUCAACAUCUAGACUAACGUUGGUUGCUACAACAUCUGAACUAAUGUUGGUUGCUUCAACAUCUGAACUCAUGUUGGUUGCUUCAACAUCUGAACUAAUGUUGGUUACUUCAACAUCUGAACUAAUGUUGGUUGCUUCAACAUCUGAACUAAUGUUGGUUGCUUCAACAUCUGUACUAAUGUUGGUUGCUACAACAUGUGGGCUAAUGUUGGUUGAUACAACAUCCGAACUAAUGUUGGUUGUUUUUCUAGUGUGAAUUUACAGUUUGUUUGGUCAAUGACAUUUGCUGAAUAUGGACUCGCAUAUCUGGCAACAUCAAGAAUAUUAUUAUUGUUUUCUAUUAACAUACGAGUGCAGAGAUCUGUAUGAUUAAAGUUGGUUUCAAAUGGG